AUGAAGUCCUUUAUCGCCCCCAUGUCCCUCGUCUCCCUGGCUCUGGCCACCAUGGGCGACGCCGCCACCGUCCGUCGCGACACCGAAAUCUGUGAGCAGUACGGCACAACCAAGGCUGGCGACUACACCAUCUACAACAACCUCUGGAACCUAGCCAAAGACCCCAACGCUAAGCAGUGCACCGGUGUGGACUCCAGCCAGGGCAACACCAUCGCAUGGCACACUAAGUAUUCAUGGGGCGGCGAGGCGAAGAACGAGGUUAAGAGCUUCGCUAAUACCGGGCUUAACUUCACUCCUAAGGUUUUGAGUACUGUCAGUAGCAUCAAGUCCGCCUGGGAAUGGAGCUACUCUACCACUGAUAUCGUCGCCGAUGUCGCGUACGACUUGUUCCUCAGCUCUACUCCUGAAGGCAGCGAGGAGUACGAGAUCAUGGUUUGGCUUGCGGCUCUAGGUGGUGCGGGCCCGAUCUCGUCCACUGGCAAGCCUAUCGCUACUGUCACUAUUAGUGGUUCCGAGUGGGAUGUGUGGGUCGGUCCCAACGGUCAGAUGACUGUCUACAGCUUCGUCGCUAAGUCUACCGUCAAGAGCUACUCCGGUGACCUAUUGGACUUCUUCAAGUACCUCAUCAAGGACCAGGGCUUGGAUAACAGCAAGUACUUGAAGACUGUGCAGGCUGGCACUGAGCCUUUCAUCGGUACCGCUGAUUUCACUGUACCUUCUUACACUGUUGCUGUUGUUUAA